CGCUGCCGGGCAGGUGUGCGGGAGCGCUGCGCCCUGAGAGGAAGCUGCCCUGAAGGCCCCGCGUAUCGCCGAGGAGCCGCCUGCGGGCGGGCUGCGGGGCGCUCCGCUCGUGCGUGUGAGGAGCAUCCGCAGCCACGGGCUGCACACGCCCCUUCCAGUGGGGCAGUGUCGGAGGCGCUUGUCACGUUCCCUCCUUGUCUCGUACUGUGAAACGCGAUUCCUCUAAAUUGUGCAAGUCAGAGGCUGUGUUCCCUGUCAAGAAGCUUGCUUUGCAUUGAAAUGAAAGCAUUUUGGAAGACACAGUGAGAAUGCUAUUACUAAACCCUUUCUCUGGAAGGUGUUCAGGUUCCAGAGUGAUUGGAAGCAAUAUAAAUCCGCGACACAGUUACCUGAAGGAGUUUCGCACGGAGCAGUGCCCUCUCUUUGUGCAGCACAAGUGCACUCAGCACCGGCCCUACACUUGCUUCCACUGGCACUUUGUCAACCAGCGUCGUCGCAGAUCUAUCCGCCGUCGGGAUGGUACAUUUAACUACAGCCCUGACAUUUACUGUACCAAGUAUGAUGAGACCACAGGAAUCUGCCCAGAAGGAGAUGAGUGUCCAUUCUUGCACAGAACUACUGGUGACACGGAGAGGAGAUAUCACUUGCGCUACUACAAAACUGGAAUCUGCAUCCAUGAGACAGACUCCAAGGGAAACUGCACGAAGAAUGGAGUCCACUGCGCCUUUGCUCACGGGCCCCAUGAUCUACGCUCUCCGGUCUAUGAUAUCAGGGAGCUUCAGGCCAUGGAAGCUUUGCAGAAUGGUCAGACUACAUCAGAAGGUGGCAUAGAGGGCCAGUCUGCAGUUGCUGCUAGCCAUGCAAUGAUAGAGAAAAUACUCAGUGAGGAGCCAAGGUGGCAAGAUACAACAUACGUGUUGGGAAAUUACAAGACAGAGCAAUGUAAGAAACCUCCUCGUCUCUGUCGCCAGGGUUAUGCCUGUCCGUACUACCACAAUAGCAAAGAUAGAAGAAGAAGCCCAAGAAAACAUAAAUACAGGUCUUCGCCGUGUCCUAGUGUGAAACAUGGAGAUGAGUGGGGAGAUCCCAGUAAGUGUGAGAAUGGAGAUUCAUGCCAAUACUGCCACACUCGCACAGAACAGCAGUUCCACCCGGAGAUCUACAAAUCCACCAAGUGCAAUGAUAUGCAGCAGUCUGGCAGCUGUCCCCGAGGACCCUUCUGUGCCUUUGCACACGUAGAACAGCCACCUCUCAAUGAAGAUUUACAGCAAUCCUCGGCUGUGUCCAGCCCCACACAGACAGGCCCUGUGAUGUACAUGCCAUCAGCAGCUGGCGAUUCUGUGCCAGUCAGCCCUUCCAGUCCACAUGCCCCAGACUUGAGCAAUGUGUGGAAUAAAACAGGAACUCUGCCAACUAGCCCCACCUCCACCACAAUUCUUUGUAGGAACAGCAGUCUCGGAAGCCCAUCUAAUAUAUGUGGGUCUCCUCCUGGCGCCAUUGGAAAACCACACAGCUUGGAGAGCAUUGGUUUUCCUCCAGACUCAGUAACAGCAGCUGGCAGCUACAAGAAAGCACCUGGGUUUGAGCGAGAAGAUCAGGUGGGGGCCGAGUAUUUGAAGACUUUCAAAUGCCAGCAAGCAAAAAUGAAAUCCCAUUCAUUGGAACAUAGGAGCCAGGAUCAACCUUUGUUACAGCCCAAACAGGACAUAUUGGGGAUUCUCCCAGUGGGGAGCCCACUGACAUCCAGCAUCUCCUCCAGUAUCACCUCCAGUCUGGCUGCAACACCACCAAGCCCUGCUGGUACCAGCAGCAUACCAGGCAUGAAUGCCAAUGCCCUUCCUUUCUACCCAACCAGUGACACCGUUGAGUCUGUUAUAGAGUCUGCCUUGGAUGACCUGGACCUGAAUGAAUUCGGAGUGGCUGCCCUGGAGAAGACAUUUGACAGCAGCACAGUGCCCCACACAAGUGGCAUCAUGAUAGGUGGGAGUUUGCUGCAAAGUUCUGCUCCUGUAAAUAUCCCCGGGUCCCUUGGAAGCUCUGCCUCCUUCCACUCUGCCUCUCCUUCUCCACCGGUCAGCCUCUCAUCGCAUUUUCUCCAUCAGCCCCAGGGACACUUAAGCCAAUCAGAAAACACAUUCCUGGGGACAUCAGCUUCUCAUGGAUCAUUAGGUUUAAAUGGGAUGAACAGCAGCAUAUGGGAACACUUUGCUUCGGGGAGUUUUUCGCCCAGUACCUCACCUGCAUUUCUGUCAGGUCCAGGUGCUGCGGAGCUGGCACGGCUACGACAAGAACUGGAUGAAGCCAACAGCACAAUAAAGCAGUGGGAAGAGUCUUGGAAACAAGCCAAACAGGCCUGCGAUGCUUGGAAAAAGGAGGCAGAGGAAGCAAAUGAUCGAGCCAACACAGCUAACAUGGAAUGUGAACUGGCCCGGGAGCAGAGGGAAGCCUUGGAGCUGCAAGUGAAGAAACUGCAGGAGGAGCUGGAGAGGAUCCACACAGGCCAGGACCCUCAAUUUCUGCGCUCUUUCUCUGACCUGGAAACUCUCUCGCUGUCUUCACUUUAUACACUUCAGAAACAACUGCGGGCAAACUUGGAGAAAGUUGAUAAGGCGGUAUUUCAGAUGCAGUCAGUGAAAUGCCUUAAGUGUCAGGAGGAGAACCGGGUGGUGUUACCGUGCCAACAUGCUGUGCUGUGUGAAACGUGCGCCGAGGAGGGAGAGUGCCCCAUCUGCCAUCCCAACAGGCCCCAUUCUCUGCAGUCGUGACCUUCCAAGGACGCUUGGUCUAAUCAUAUCGUAUAGAACUUUUUAACUUUAUACAUACGUACAUAUAUAUGUAUGUGUACAUAUAUAUAUGUAUGUGUAUAUAUAUAUAUGUAUAUAUGAGUGUGUGUAUGUGCAUGUUUGUGUAUGUAUAUAUGCGCACACACACACGCACAUACACACACAAAACAAAUUAGUUGCAGAGCACUUUUUAAUAUUUUACAACCCGCAUCUAAACUGCCCCUCACCCGUGCCCCACUAAUUCUAACUCUUGAGGAACUUUGAGAGCUGUUUUUAAUACAGAUCAAAGGGCCGUUUGUAAAGAGUCUGUGUUUCUCCUCUUUUCUAUUUAGAUAAUAACAAAUUUUUGACUAUUUCCAGAAGGAUUUUAAGUGGGCAAGAGGGGCUUCCAUGUGCUUUCCAGAGGAAGAGUUGAGAUCACAGGGAGGAAUGAGGUGGAUUGAAAUGACUUGUUCGUGUCUUCAGUCUCCUUGCUCUUUCACUGACCCAGCUUGGUUAAAGCUGUCCUCUCUGAUGGAAGCCCCACUGGGUCCCUGCCUGGUGGGGCUCACAUUGCCAAUCUCUGAAUGUGCAGGAGCUUUGUCUGUCAUUUAAACAGCAAAGUUCACUUUUUAAAAGCUUGUUUUUUCUUUUUACACACACUUUGUAUAUUUGUAUGAAAACAAGAAAAGAGAAAAAAAUAUAUUGGACCUAGAGCGAACCAGGCCCAACCAAUCAGUGACAUGUGUUCAUUACUGAUAAAAGCUGGGAUGUUCCAGGUUUGAGCAGCCUUAGAAGUAUUGCCCUUGUGUCAACUAAAGCCAUUUAUGAAAGGAAUAUGGAUGCACAAGUUCAUUCUUUCCAGUGGCCUCAUAUCUGGUGGCUGUCUAGAGACUUUUCACUGCUUCAGACCAGAUUAUAGUUUUCUUUUAGCCACAGGGACCCAUUUCAUAGUCACUGCAGAAACGCAUGAAACAGUUCCAGGUAGUCUGAAGAUGCUUUAGUUGAACAGACUUGAUGACGACACCUUAAGGAUGGCUGGUGGACUUACAGGCUCCUGAAGACCUCAUGCUAGUGAGAGUGUAUGCCAGCAGUGACAGAGAAAUACCCAGCAUGGAACAAACUGCUGAUAAACCUAUUCUUGCUUGGAACUGGAGGAGAGUGUAAAUUCCUUGCCUUGUAGUGCUCCUCAGUGGAGAUGGUUCUUCCUGACCUCAGCUGCUGAUCACAUCACUUUGGCAUAAAACAUGAUGCAUAUUAACACUUUUGACUUAGAAACACAGCCACUAUUCUUCUUUAUAUACAUAAGUGUUAGUGGUGGAGAAAUCUUAAAGGUAGUUAGUCCAAUCAUGUGCUGUGGCAGUGUUUCGUGUGUUACUUGGUUUCUGAGAAGAGAGAACUAGAAAGCACAAGGACUUUAAUUUCAAAUACUCAUUAAAAAUCUGUAACUCAUCAGCCUCACCAGCCAGUCUGUCCAGGUGCUGGUGAGUUGGUGGUAGUCUGGCUCUCUGUUCUAGAGGACUAGACACUGACUUCCAGUGCUGUCUGCUGACUCAUCACAGCAGAGAGGAAAGAAGUGGCUCCAAGCCGAAGAAAUGGUCAUCCUUUUCCAUGGUGCAAGAGAAACGUUGCAGGGUCCUCCAGCCCUCUGUCUUCUCUUUCUUCCUAUGCCUAACUCCUUUCUCAAGCGUGGGGCUUUCCACCACCCCACUAUCUCUGACCUGCUGAGUGUGUUCUCGGCCUCUGUCCACAACACCCCUUGCAGAGGAGCUCAAAGGACUUUCUGCUCGCUAGGAUCCUCUUCUUACUUGUCCACAACAAAUUUCUACCUUAGGUCAUUUCAGAAAGGCAAAGAAGGAGGGAAUCCCUCAGACUAGUCCUGUACCAGCCACACCUUGUCCAGUGCAGUUCCUCUCCAGGGAAAACAAACGGCACCAGCUUAGACCUGUCUAAUAACUGAGCUUUCCUGUGAUUUUCUUCACCAGCACGUCCAUUGGCUCUUUACAUCAGAUGGAUUGCAGUAACCUGCUGGGAUCUCAACCAAAUGGCCACUCAAGUGACUAAAUGUUAUUUUGCACAGGAUGCUGCCUGUGCUACCCUUCCCUGACCUGGAAAAGCACUGGAACCUCCAGCUGCCCGCUGUUGUUGUAGGAACAAAGGAACUGUUACCAGAGUCUUUCAGAAAGCUUCGUAUUUAAUGCAAAGACAUAAUUAGAUUUGCUUCCAUAAUUCUACCUUUCCUUUGCAUGGAAGGGGUUAUAUGCAUUCCCAGAUGAUCUCUUAAGUGCAGCUCUGUGUAGUUCUUUUUUAUGUUUUUCCCAUUAACUUGUUUUUGGGUUUUUUGGUAAAAACGCUUUUUUUUCCCCAUGUGUAUUUUAUUGUAACUAGCAUCAGUUUUUCUAAUUUUUUUUUUUUUUAAUGGAGAGACACUGUUGGGUGAUUAUUGUGGCUAUGUUGUUUGGUUAUAGCCUUUGAAUGUCUGUGCCAUGCGGCAGCACAUCUGCCUUGGUCUGAUCUUAAGGAAAGACCUUUUAUUAAAAUAUGUGAACAUUUCUUUUUUAGAAACAAAACAAGGAAGAAAAAAAAAAAAGAAAAAAAAGGGGAGAGGAGGAAAAAAAAAACCCAAUGAAGAUAAAAUUUACUAAAACAUCUUUGUAACUAACUUAAAUCAUAGGAAAUAAACUCUUGAAUCAGGUCUAUAAUAUUUAUAAGAACUAGAGCUCAUCAGCCUGUUUGGCUAUUGCUUUGUAACACUUGUUUUUUGGUGUUUUUUUUCUGUUUUUUUUUUUUUUUUUGGUUUGUCUGCUCUCCUGCCUCUCUGUCUUUGGAUAACCCUUUUUGCCAGAACUGCCUAGCGCCUGGCUGCAGGUUUCCAUCCGAUUCCUGUGGGGCUUCUUCACCUUGUCCCUUGCUCUCCCGGGAUGAAGCUUGUCCACUGAUCUGUCACUCUGUCUCAGCGUGACUUUCAGGAGUGAUGCAGCUCUAGAGGGUCAUAAGGGGGAACAAAUAUUAUUCUCCAGUUUCCAUGGGGGCGCAUUGCUUAGCCAGGGAGGUACAAAGAAAGCCUUUUUUUUUUUUUUUUUUUCCCUCAUUUUUUUUUCCUUCCCCUUUUUGUUUAAAAAAAACUGACCAGCUCUGUUUUAAAGCUUAGACUGAAGGACCAAAGAAUUCAAAACUUCCCUCGUUGUGGCCCUUAACUUUUAACUGUCCUUUGUCGCUCCACAAUCCUGGCAGAACAGUCCCGAGGAAUUGGCAGCAGCCGGGGGCUGGCGCGUGCCCUUCCCUUGCCUCCACCCCGAGGUAGCCAGCACUCUUUGCACAAACCCACAAACCUGUAGACUGUUUCUUUCCUCUGGUUCUUUAAGAAACGCUUCUUAAAAAUAGGUUUCUAUGAAUUUUUGUUUGCUGCUUAAAAAAAAGUGUCUGAAAUGUGAAUUUUUUUUCUUAGACAUCAGAUAGAAAAGAGAACUUGAUCUUCACAUCUUUUGUGAAUCUUUUGGGGGCCACUUACGUGACAGAAUUUCUUACUCGAGUGAGAUGAGAGCCGGGGGAAAAGAGAAGUUCUGCCCCCCUCCGGCAGUUGCUGCUGCCUGCCCGGGCAGGAAGGGCUAAGAGCGAGCGCAGCGCUGCCUCCGAGGCGCGGGAGUCUGGGCAGCUUGGAGGGGGGGGAUAAAAAGGGGGUGGCUAAAAUAAAUCUGGUGCUAAGGUAUGCAUCCUCUUUACUGUACUGUCAAGCUUCCUUCUGAAGCAGGAAACUCCCUUUCACAGGACGUGAGGUUUACACCAGGACUAGGGGGACUUUUUCUUUUUUGGCCAAGUCACGUUUCAAAUCUAAGUUUUGCCUCAGGAGCCGUUUGAGCGAACCCAGCGCCUCUGGGCUCCCUGCGUUCCUGCGCCGUCCUCCGCGAGGACGUGUUUCCUCCCCAGAGUUUGGGAGCUUUGCAAGUGCUGACCUCUAUGCCUAAUCACGCAGCUUGGAGGAUGCUGAGAUUUGGGAGAAGGGAGUCUUAAUUGCGUUGUGAAAACACAGUAUUUGUACAGGUCAAUAAACUCUUACUAUGGAAAAACAAAACAUAAAAGCAGAGGUGGCUUGAGGCAAUGAGGCCCUCGGUAGCUAGGUCUCAAAGAGCAGGGAUAUCGCUGGGGAGAAGAGCCAGGGAAGAAUUUAGGUAUGUUUGCCGUCUGCAUCCCCUUGGGGUACCAGGAGCGCUUUUAGGUCACCUCCAGCUGCGGCGGCGAUGCGCGUGGCGCUGGAGGGACCGGGGGGGACGGUGUCGGAGCCGGAGCGCGCCGUGGCGGGGGGCGCCGCCGCCGUUCCCACGCUGGGGGUUUUUUACUGCCGUACAUCGCUGAAGCUGAACCUGAGCCACUAGCAGAGCUUGUACGGCCGAGACGAUGCAGAGUUCCUUACCGCGCGCGGAAGCCGUGGACGCUGCGGGGGAACACGGCGUAUUUGUUGCUGUUCCACCAGCCUCCGUAUUGCCUUUUUCCUCCUUUUUCCCUAUCUGAGAAGGAAGAAUAUUACCAGUGUUUUCCUCCAGAAUUACGAUAAUCCUUGGAGUGAUAGCCAACAGAAAAAAAAUUGAUGUUACUGAUGAAAAAAACAAAGUAUUUUAACAGUGAAGUAUUCAUGCAGACUAGUGACUGCGUUGGAGAGAUUUCUGGGGCUUCCCCACUCUGUAGCUUCCAAUGUUAAAACAAAAUAAAUACAGUAUACGUUAAGAAAAUACUACUACACACUGCAGUAUUUCUGGGGGCAAGUCUUGCCUAGUGUCUUCCCUGCUUUCCCCAGCAGCAAGGACACCGGGCAGAAGCGCCCCUAGUCCGUGUAGAAGUUGGCAGAAUGGUAAUCAGUGGUGUGUAAAAUGUGUUGUUGAUUCCAUGUAUAGAACUGUGAUUUCAGCUGUCGUUCUCGCGCGCUCUUUCUCUCUCGUAUUCUGUAAAUAUGUGUUUUGGCUGUCGGAAACCUGGUUUAGACUCUUUUCUUGGCAGAGUGAAUUUGCAUGUGGGGCUGAAAAGAACUCAAUCUGUGUCACAAUUUCCAAGGGCAGGAUGGAUUUUUUUUUUUUUAGAGGACAAUAAAUUUUUAUUUUUUUGCUAAGAAAAAGAAAACAAAAAUAAA